GGAGGGAGGGGGGCUCCACCUGUCAGCAGGCUGCUCUCCGCCUCUUUGCAUGCGCGUGCACGCGGGUGUGAGCGAGAGUGAGCGGUGAGGGAACAACAGUGGCGCGCGCCGACAGGACGGAAAGCGGCUGCUCCGUAGGCUGGGACCGCUGGGUUCCGCUCAGACUGACACCGAACCAGAACCAGAACCGGAACCAGAUCCAGAUCCAGUGGAUGUUUUUAUCCGCAGCGGCAGGAUGUCCAGACAGCAGCAGCAGCAGCAGCAGCAGCAGCGGACCCCCAUCAGACACACCGACAGCACCGUGGAGGUGAAGAGCAAAUUCGAGGCGGAGUAUCGCCGUUUUGGUCUGAAGAGGAACAGCUUCGGUGGCUUCAAGGAGUUCUACCAGAUCCUCCAAACCAUCCAUCAUAUCCAUGGCGACGACGUGCUGCUGGAAUAUGCUGAUAUCCACGGAGAUCUCCUUCCAAUCAACAAUGACGAAAAUUUCAACAAAGCCGUCUCUCUGGCCAAUCCCGUUCUCCGGAUUAUCAUAACCAAAAAAGGGGGCGAGUCCACUGCUUACUGCACCAACUCCCUCCAGAGGCGCAGGAAAGGACUGGGCUUACCAGGGCUGCGCCCAGCGGGUUCUAGCACCACCCUCUCCAAGAACAAGUCGGGCAUCAUGAUCGGCCCGCCGCAGGACUUCAGACAGAUCUCCUCCAUUAUCGAUGUGGAUAUUUUACCUGAGACGCACCGGCGGGUUCGGCUCCACAAGAACGGUUCUAAUAAACCCCUGGGCUUCUACAUCCGGGACGGAGUGAGCGUGCGGGUGACGCCUCAGGGCGUGGAGAAGGUUCCAGGAGUCUUCAUUUCUCGCUUAGUUCGGUCCGGGAUAGCAGAGAGCACCGGAUUACUGGCUGUUAAUGACGAAAUCCUGGAAGUCAACGGCAUCGACGUCGCUGGAAAAUCUUUAGAUCAGGUGACGGCCAUGAUGGUGGCCAACAGCCACAACCUGAUAGUGACGGUGAAACCAGUCAACCAGAGGAACAACAUCGCUCCUCGAGGGAGUAAAAACUCCAUGGGUCACUCUGGUUCUGUGGGCUCCGGCGGCUCCAUUGGCUCUGCUCUGUCACAUGACUCCCCAAGCCCCGCCUCUCAGAGCAAUCCCAUCACUGCAAGCAGCAUCGCCGAGGGCGACAGCUACGAGGAGGAUGACGACGCUGACGUCAUCCUGGAGAGCGACUGCCUGCCGUCCUAUAAAAGCCACGCCCCCUCGCCGCUCAGAGGGUCCAUCCCUCAGAGCACGUCGCUGCCGCACAGCCUCUCAGCCUCCGCCGCAUCCCACCACAACGGCGGCUCUGCCCACUCUGUCCGCAGCAGCCAGGAGAGCAUGAGGGAGGACGGCAACGUCAUAACGCUGUGACGCACGUAGCCACGGCAACAGGCUCCGACUGCCGACCAGGGACAAGUGACGGUACAAAGUGUGCAGCUGAUGAGAGGCUCGGCGUCGGGGGCUCUGCCUUUAGAACACAGACACGGAGGAGAAGCGGACCUCAGUCUGCCUGCGGCUCUUUAUCGCCCUCCGGAGGACAGGUAUCAGAAUGACGGGCUGCUUGGAGUUCCUGUCUGCAAAGAGGAAUUCUGUAUUUUAUCAAAAUGAAGGAACUUUAUGGACGAUUUGAUUCAUGUUGAGCUGCUGAGUUUGAACUAAGAGGAAAACUAGUUUAGCAGCUGAUAUGUGACCUUAAAGAGAGUCAGAGAGCUCUUUCUAUAAUGAUCACUUCUAAAAUCCCAGAUCUGGAUAAAUCAGUUAUUUUCAUAAUUAUUUCAAUCCUAUGCCUUAUCAUUAUUUUAUUAUUGGAUUGUAAUGCUUAUAUUUUAUGGAAAAAGGUUCUGAUGUUUUCAUGUUUGUCCUUCAGUCACACCUCAUCCAUCCUCUGACCUGAACGAAUGCUUAGAUUAGUUUUUUCUUUGUAGAAGUUAUGAGUAGUCAGUAUCUUACCUGCACGUGUUGACUCUUAAAGAACCAGUGUUCUUCUUUUUGAGCCGCUCAGUGAGAGCUGUAGUCUAUAAGAUGAAAUCCCGUCUGUCCCUUUGGAGUAUUUAUUCAUUAUGAAAUGUUCAAUAUUUUCUUCUGACACAGAAGAAGACGCUGCCUUUUACUUGCCUGUACUUGCCUUUACUUUCUCAUUUAUGAUGUCAGCGUGUCACGCCUCUCCUGGCGAUUAGAAAUUCAGAGGUGACACGGAUUAUCCAGAUGUUAACAGCUGCUGGAGGAAAAUCGAGAAAACACUUUAUCCUGAAUCUGAGGAAGGAAAAGAAUAAAGUUUAAUGUUAAAUGUUUUA